UUUGUAACGCGUGGUCCUGUUUUUUUGUCUAAACAUUCAGUAGAAUUUCUGUGUGAAAAUGCUCGCUUGACAACUGUCUAUGAAACUGAUAUGUAUCGAUUGUAUCUAGUCAAAUGCAUGGAAAGUAAGCGCAUGGAUAAGUGUAACCAAUUCUUUCUCAAAUGUGCAUCGCUAACUCAGAAUAAUCCAACAUGGGCUGAAUGGUUUGCAUUUCCAUAUCAUCCAAAACCGGAAGGUUGCCAAGCAUACCGCAAGUACUACAGUCAUGAGUGGAGAGAAAUUUUUGUUAUUUCACUUCAUAAUUUCGUCCGAAUAGCAAUUCAAUCAGCCCCACACGAGCUCAUGGACGAUUUCGCCGUCAUUGCCCAGUAUGCUUUCACAACCGUUUUACUGUCUUCAUUUAAAAUACUUCGACUGCUUUGA